UGGAUUAAUUUAGAAAAAAGAAAAAGGAAAAUGGUGAUUCACUCGAACACCUCAGAACAUUGAAGCUCACAAUGAUGGCUUCUCUACUGUCUUCUUGUUCUUCUUCUUUUUCUUCUUCACGGAGUUCCCUCUUCUUCACUACAAACCCUAAAUUCCCACUCUUCUCCUCUAUCCCCACUAUUUCCCAUCCAUCAUUUAUCUCCUUCAAUCUCUCUCACAAAGAAUCUGGAGCUCUCAGAUUCCCUUCCCUUCGCCUGACCUCCUCUCUCUCCGAUGACCCAUCUACCACCGACGAAGACGAUACCACUUCUCUCCCGAAGAUCACCGACGAGUGGGGAGAAGAAACCGAACCGGAACCUGAAUCUACGUUGACGAGAUUAUCGGACUUCGAUCCGCCGAAGGAAGAUGACGAGUGGGGUGGCGAUGAAGGAAAUGGUAAACCUUCUGUGGUUGAGGAAAAGAGUGAGGAGUAUGCGGAUGAUCGUGAUAAGCUUUUGGAGCUUAAGAGAUGUUUGGUUGAUACGGUUUACGGGACUGAGUUUGGAUUUAGGGCUGGGUUGGAGGAAAGAGCUGAGAUUUUGGAGAUUGUGAACCAAUUGGAGGCGGCGAAUCCAACUCCGGCGCCGGUAGAGGCCUCUGGACUUCUAGAUGGUAACUGGAUUCUACUGUAUACUGCAUUCUCAGAGCUGCUGCCACUUCUAGCAUUAGGAGCAUUGCCGUUGGUGAAAGUGGAGAAGAUUACUCAAGAAAUUGACUCAAAGACGUUUACCAUUGUGAACUCCACCACUUUGUCCAGCCCAUUUACUACAUUUUCUUUCAGUGCAUCUGCUGCUUUUGAAGUUCGAAGUCCUUCAAGGAUACAGGUUCAAUUCAAAGAAGGUAUUCUGCAACCUCCUGAGAUAAAGUCAAGGCUAGAUCUUCCAGAAAAUAUUGAUAUAUUUGGACAAAAAGUUAAUUUAUCCCCCGUGCAACAAACUCUUAAUCCGGUACAGCAAACAGUAGCAAGUCUAUUCCAGGUCAUUUCGGGUCAGCCUCCACUCAAGAUACCAAUUCCAGGUGAUCGUAACAGGUCCUGGCUACUUAUUACAUACCUCGAUGAAGAUCUUCGAAUAUCGAGGGGUGAUGGUGGUCUUUUUGUUCUUGUUAAAGAAGGGAGCGCUCUACUAGAUCAGUGAAAAUCAGAAUAUUCACGGGUGAUUCGGUCGAUCCACCGAACGAGGAGGAAGAACGACGACAUUGUUGCACGUUUUGGAUCAUUCCGAUCUCGAUUUCGAUCUCAAAAAGCUGUUCAGAAAAUUCUCAGUAUUGAUGUUAUUGUUGUUUGUGGAGUGGAUUGGGUGAAUCCGAAGGGGGGGAAGUCUUGAGAAAACCUAAGGAUUCGAUUUUUUGAUUCUACUGAAGAAGAAGAAGAAGAAGAAGAAGUGGAGGUAAAUUGGUAAUGGAAUGUGGAUUUUGCUUAUUUGGGUUUUGGUAGAGAUUUGGAAUUGGAGAUAGAUUGUUGUUUUAGGUUUUAAAGUAAUUUUGAAGCAAUUAGAGCUCUGUUUAUUAACAUGAGCGACAAACAACCGAUUAAGUUAGACGACGAACAAAUUGCGGAGUUGAGAGAAAUAUUCCGGUCGUUUGAUCGGAACAACGACGGGAGUUUGACUCAACUUGAACUCGGAUCGCUUUUACGAUCACUUGGUUUGAAGCCGAGUCCGGAUCAGCUUGAAAAUUUGAUAAUGAAGGCAGAUACGAAUAGCAAUGGAUUAGUUGAAUUUUCAGAGUUCGUAGCUCUGGUUGAGCCGGAGCUGGUAUCGGCGAAAUGCCCUUACACGGAGGAGCAAUUAAAGCAGUUGUUUAGAAUGUUUGAUCGAGAUGGGAAUGGGUUUAUCACUGCGGCCGAGUUGGCUCACUCGAUGGCCAAACUCGGCCAUGCUCUCACGGCGGAGGAACUCACCGGAAUGAUCAGGGAAGCCGAUACCGAUGGCGAUGGCAGAAUCAAUUUUCAAGAGUUCUCUCAGGCAAUUACUUCUGCUGCAUUUGAUAAUUCCUGGGCAUGAUGAUUUUUCUGUGACUGGAAACAAACAGCAAAUGGGGUAUUACUUGGAUGGCAAAUUAUGAUACCAACACAAAGAUCUUGUCAAGAAACUGAAAAUGGUAUUUUUGCUUCAAAUGUACCUAUUUUUCUCUGCUUGAUAAAGACGGGAUCGAGUUUAAGUUGUUAGGUUUCAGUUUUGGUUGUUUGUUUAUAAAGUUGGAAGUCCAAACCAAACACUACUGCUGGGAUUUUUGCGAAGUAUUUUAAUUCCAAUUCCAGUUUUCGAUA